AUGAAUAAGAAAAAUGGCUUCCGCACUCCGUUUCAUCCUUUUCAGAUAGCUAGCUGAGUCGUUAUGAUAUUUCAUAUACUCAUUGGAAUUUUAUGCAUCUCGUUUUUACUAUCUAAGGAAUAUUUAAUCGUAUUUUUGCUGCUUUAUUAUUCAACUCUUUUAGCCUUGCUAAUUCAAGGCUUAAUUCUUACAAAAUCUGACCCAAGUGUUAGCAUUCCGAUAGAAAAUAUUGAUAAAUCGCCAGAUGCUGUCAAUUAUUUGUGUACAAUCUGUAAAAAUUAUGUGACAGAAACUUCAAAGCAUUGCGGAAGCUGUGAUAGGUGCGUUGAUCGAUUUGACCAUCAUUGCAAAUGACUUAAUAAUUGUAUUGGAAAACAUAAUUAUUCUAUUUCUCUCAAAUAAUUUUUUUCUUUUUUCUAGUAUAAUCUCUAAAAACUGCUAAAAUUAACAAAUACAGAUAAAACCAGUCAUAUUUCAAGGAUAUAUAAACAAUUUAUUAUUUUGAUUGUGCUUUUGGAAAUUAAUUUAUCAAUUUUGAUCGUUUUUGAAAUUUCUAUUAUCGACAAAUGAAAAACACAUGGUCUUAAUAAAUCUAAAGAAAUAGUUCAAACUGAUGUAAGCUUUAUUAUCGCUGAUAUCAUCAUAAAUGCAUCAAUUUUGCUAUUUAAUGGGUAUCUGAUAGGCUUCCACAUAUUUUUAAAAUUUAAAAAGAUGACUACUUAUGAUUUUAUACAGCAAAGAAGAAUAAAAAAGAAAAAAGAAAUCCAGCCAGAGAUGCAGCCUUUUGAAGGGGAGGAAAAUGGAAUUUCGAUGAUGAAUAAUGAUUUGAAAAGCCCACGAGGAACAAAUGACGAAAUGGGAGGAAUGAAUUUAAAAUCAGAAACGGAAAUUAGCUCCCCUAAGUAUUUUAACCAAAUGUUUCAAAUUUCACGCUCAUUCCACAAGUCAAUUAUAACAGUAGAUUCAGAUAUAGUAACAAAUGAGCAUUCUUAA